AUGACAAACAACGCUGCAGAAAGCCUUAACAACGUGACUGAAGAAUUCCGGGCAUAUCCAAUAACUACUCUAGUUGAGUUCAUAAGGUUCACACUACAAAAUUGGUUUGCUAACCGUCUCGAGAAGGCAAGUAAGUGUGUUACCCCUUUGGCAACUCAUUUUGAGGAAGAUUUGAUAAAGCAACACGAGGAUGGUAGACGUAGAAGUGUCCUACGUAACGCGCUUACUCAGAAUGUCAGUGUCUACGCUCUGUCAUCCCCCUAUUACACAAAGGACACGUGGAAGAAUACUUACGAUGCAACAAUUAAUCUUGUGGGCGAGGAGGAUGAAUGGGUGCUUCCAGAACACAUGCAGAACAUGAGAAUCGGUGUACCAGUGGAGAAAAAACCUGUAGGUCGUCCAAGAAAGAGCAAUGCAGGAAGACUACGGACUAACCGAUUUCCAUCGAACGGUCAAAAAGUCAAGGAACCACGCAAAUGUUCAAACUGUGGUGCAUUUGGACACAACAAAGCUACUUGCAAGGCCAGGGUUUGA